CUUUGUAUCAUAGAGUUCCUUCGUCUCCACAUCCCUCCUCAUCCUCUAGAUCUAUCUAUGUCCCUGCCUUCAUCUCCUUCUUUGGUGAGAGGCGGAAAAGUUGGCACCGAGGUGGUACAAGCAUCGGUGGACCAAAAGAUGACAUCGAUGGAGUAUCUGGUGCUCAACCUUUGCGACCCUACGCUACGCGAGAGAUCCCUCGCGGAGCUCUCUAAGGAGAGGGAGAUGUUUCCGGAUCUGGCCCCUUUGUUGUGGUACUCAUUCGGCACAAUUGCCGCGUUGGUCCAGGAGAUUCUAAGAAUCUACCCUGCGCUUUCGCCUCCAACUUUAACGUCUGCUGCAUCAACACGGGUUUGCAACGCACUCACACUUUUUCAGUGCGUUGCAUCACGCCCUGAGACCAGAAGCUCUUUCAUAGAAGCUGAUAUUCCAUUGUACCUGUACCCAUUCUUGCGUACCGUAGACAAGGCCCAAGCUUUUGAGCAAUUGCGGCUCGCCACUUUGGGUGUCAUUGGUGCUCUGGUAAAGGAUGAGAAUACUAAAGCUACUGAGUAUUUGCUCAAAUGUGAAACCAUUCCUUUGUGCUUGAAUAUCAUGGAGAUAGGCAAUGAGCCUUCAAAAACCGUGUCCACUUUCAUUCUCCUAAAGGUUCUGCGAAACGAACUUGGUCUGCAUCGCUGUUGUGACACUCGCGGUCCUUUCUAUGAUAUUGCUUUUGCUUUACAAAAGAGGGUUAACUCACCAGACGAACGGCCUUCGGCAAGGUUGCUGAGGUGCAUUAUCCAGUGUUACCUUAGGCUAUUAGAUCAUCCUAGGGGCCAUGCGGUGUUAAAAACAUGGUUUCCCAGCGUGCUACAGACCGGGACAUUCAAUGACUAUCUCACGAAGGAUCCUUCAAUGCAAGAGUGUCUGCAGCAACUGUUGGCUAAGAUGGAGGCUGGGAGUCCCAUCAGGUCGCUCCAUUUUCUCCGCUGCAGUGACAACGCUAUCAUACCAUGAAUCGCACAAUAUCGUUGCAGUUUCCAUCGAGACAGCAAAAAAAAGGUUGUUGUGUUAAUAAGCCUUGGGCAAUCAUCGGUGUUUGGAACAUGUAGAGACUGUAAUAAAUUAUAGGGGACGGAAGAAGCCCCUAUACAUGAUGAUCCUUCUCUUCUGCCGUAUUCGUAUUUGCGUGUUAAUUAAAUAAAUACUAGCUAAGUUAUUAUGGUUCCAUGUUGGGGAGGUUGUUGUGCUACCGUUGGAAUUAUGGAACGUAAAUCGAAUUGAGUUGUCAUGGAGAUUGUUGCUUUGUUGAUCA